GGGGGGAGAGAGCGCCGAGGCCCAGGCAAAGGAAAUGCACCAAUCAGCUGCUCCCCCGGGCUCACAACUGUCUGCGGCGCCCGGAAAACAAGCCGGUGCGCGGGGGACGCGGGGCCGGGGCCGCCUCGCUCCGGCCUAGCCCGGCGGCCCUCGGUGCCGGCCCUGGGGUACGCUUGGGAGCCCCCUCGGCUCCAGCACAGACGCCCCGGCCUCAGGUCUCGGCCCCCGCGCGGGGCCCCGGCCGUGCGGCCGGAGGGAGCGGCCGGAUGGAGCGGAGGAUGAAAGGCGGAUACUUGGACCAGCAAGUGCCCUACACCUUCUGCAGUAAAUCGCCCGGAAAUGGGAGCUUGCGCGAAGCGCUGACGGUCCCGCUGGGGAAGCUCAUGGACCCGGGCUCCCUGCCGCCCCCCGACUCCGAAGAUCUCUUCCAGGAUCUAAGUCACUUCCAGGAGACGUGGCUCGCCGAAGCUCAGGUACCAGACAGUGAUGAGCAGUUCGUUCCUGAUUUCCAUUCAGAAAACUUAGCUUUCCACAGCCCCACCACCAGGAUCAAGAAGGAGCCCCAGAGUCCCCGCACUGACCCGGCCCUGUCCUGCAGCAGGAAGCCGCCACUCCCCUACCACCAUGGCGAGCAGUGCCUUUAUUCCAGUGCCUAUGACCCCCCCAGACAAAUCGCCAUCAAGUCCCCUGCCCCUGGUGCCCCUGGACAGUCGCCCCUGCAGCCCUUUCCCCGGGCAGAACAACGGAGUUUCCUGAGAUCCUCCAGCACCUCCCAGCCCCACCCUGGCCAUGGGUACCUCGGGGAACACAGCUCCGUCUUCCAGCAGCCCCUGGACAUGUGCCACUCCUUCACAUCUUCCCCGGGAGGGGGCCGGGAGCCCCUCCCAGCCCCCUACCAACACCAGCUGUCGGAGCCCUGCCCACCCUACCCCCAGCAGAGCUUCAAGCAGGAAUACCAUGACCCCCUGUACGAGCAGGCGGGCCAGCCACCCGUGGGCCAGGCCGGGGUCAAUGGGCACAGGUACCCAGGGGCGGGGGUGGUGAUCAAACAGGAGCAGACAGACUUCGCCUACGACUCAGAUGUCGCCGGGUGUGCAUCAAUGUACCUCCACACAGAGGGCUUCUCCGGGCCCUCUCCAGGUGAUGGGGCCAUGGGCUAUGGCUAUGAGAAACCUCUGCGACCAUUCCCAGAUGAUGUCUGCGUUGUCCCUGAGAAAUUUGAAGGAGACAUCAAGCAGGAAGGGGUUGGAGCAUUCCGAGAGGGGCCACCCUACCAACGCCGGGGUGCCUUGCAGCUGUGGCAGUUUCUGGUGGCCCUGUUGGAUGACCCAACGAAUGCCCAUUUCAUUGCCUGGACGGGCCGGGGGAUGGAGUUCAAGCUGAUUGAGCCUGAGGAGGUUGCCAGGCUCUGGGGCAUCCAGAAGAACCGGCCGGCCAUGAAUUACGACAAGCUGAGCCGCUCGCUCCGAUACUAUUAUGAGAAAGGCAUCAUGCAGAAGGUGGCUGGCGAGCGUUACGUGUACAAGUUUGUGUGCGAGCCCGAGGCCCUCUUCUCUCUGGCCUUCCCGGACAAUCAGCGUCCGGCUCUCAAGGCUGAGUUUGACCGGCCGGUCAGUGAGGAGGACACGGUCCCUUUGUCCCACUUGGACGAGAGCCCCGCCUACCUCCCAGAGCUGGCUGGCCCUGCCCAGCCCUUUGGCCCCAAGGGUGGCUACUCCUAUUAGCCCCCAGCGGCUGCUUCCCCUGCUGCAGGCGGGUGCUGCCCUGUGUACAUACAGAUGAAUUUGGUGUUGGGGAAACCUUCACUCCAAAACCCACAGAUGUCUCUGGGGCAGAUCUCCACUGUCCCAUCAGGCUGCUCCCGAGUCACCAGGAAGGAAAAGUGGAGAAAGGGCAAAUCUAAAGGUGGCGUCUUGGGACUCCCUGGGGGUCCCCCUUUGCCCCGGGGAGUCCAGCUCGGCCUCCUCCCAGGUCCUGCUUAGAGGCCCGAGCCCCACUCCCUUUUCCCAACCACAGAGAACAAGAGUUUGUUCUGUUCCAGGGGACAGAGAAGGAGCUUCCCUAUUUUAUUCUGGCAGUGGGGUGAGGGGGUUCAUUGAGCUCCCCAGAUCUCCCACUGUGGGGAGACUGAAGCCUGAACUCUGCACUCUGCCCCAAGCUGUGGCCCUGGGGGGCCUCUGUGGUCAGUUCUUGGUGCUCUGUUCCCAGAGGCAGGGAGAGGGUGAAGGAAGGAACCUGGGAUGUGGCGUGCUGGGUGGAGGCAGGGAGGGAUGGGUUCCUGCUCCAAGGGGCCCUAGCCUCCCCUCUGCCUUCCCCUAGGCCCAAGCCUGGGGUUCUACUUCUACUUCCACCACAUCUGCCAGACCUUAAUAAAAGCCCCUGCUUCUCCUGUUA